CAUUUAUUUUUGUUGCUUAAUGUUAGGUUGUUGGAUGUAUUGAGUGGAUGCUUAUUUAACCCUAAAGCUAUAAUUAUAUCUUUUGCAUUCAAAAACAUUCUUUCUGGAAAUUAAAUGCUUUAUGAGUGCUAGAUUCUCUAGCUAUUUCUUCUUGUCUUAAAGGGGGGUACACAGCAGGCCAGUUGGUUUCUAGUCACUUUCUGUUUUUGGCUUUUGGCCCAGAAACCGUGGUCAAUGUCCAUUUCAUCUCCGACAUCUCUGGGGACCAUUGUCUGGUAUAUUUUCUUUUAAAGGUUCUCUGUAAAUAAUAUUUACCUCUAUUUUUAAUUAAAAGGACAAAACUCUAAUUUUUGAGGAGAUUCCACUCACCACUACUCAGACUGUUAGUGGAUGCAAAAGCCUCAAAUUUCCUUACCUAGAGAACUUGAUGGUAUUUAUUUGUUUCUUCCCUUUCUUCAACUUGAGAUUUCAGAUAUAUCUGUUUAACUGAUUGUAGAACAAAUCAUUAUUCUUUUAUUUUAUCUUUUCCGUACUGAGCCAUUGAAUUAAUGCUCGCUGUCUUCUUGUAUGCUUGUUGAGAUGCUGUAAUGCAUCAGUACUGUGAAUAUUAUUGCAAUGUUAUCAUGAUAUUAGUUAUUCUUGUUUCCUUCAUUUUCCAAACUUAUGCAGAUUAUGAAUGUCAGAAUCUGAUAAUAUACAUUUGAUAACAGCUUAAUGAAAGUCAACGAAAGCAUUAAAGGUUUGCCAUGGUUUUGUAGUAAUUCUCCAUUGUACUGUGGACUAGUAGUUUUUAUAAUUUUUCUAGUAAAAGAAGUGUUGUGCCAUCCAACAUGAACCAUCAGAUGGGGCAGGCCCUCCUGAUCUGAUGAUCUAUGUUUUGCAGUCUGGACUGUUUAUUAAUUUACUUUGCUGAUUUUUUCCCUAUGGUUUUCCCAUAUUUUCUUAUAAUCAAUUAUUAUAAGGUCUUUCAUCCCUUAGGUUUUUAGUCUAGAGCCAUAGCUGUUAGGAUGUAAGCAUCAGAAUGGGUGUGCUCAUCUUUACAAACUGACUAUCCCCAGACUCCAUCAAAAAAUUUUAUAAACAUUAGAAUAUAAUAUCACAACAAAAAAAGCAAGCUAAGUGAGAUCAACAAUUUGCCAGGAACAUGUGAUGCAUUCUUUUAGUUGAGUUUCAAGGCAUAAAUGUUUCUGGGGAAUCUUGGAUAAGUUGUGUCAGUGCAUGAACCUGCUUCCUAAUUCAUCCUCUUGCUUACUUCCCAUUUCAAUAAGAAAGGAUAAAAAGCAUGAGACUUCUUAUGAUUCUCUGUUUACUCUAGUUUCUUGAGGAACAGCUUGAACCCUGAAUAAACUAUGAAUAAUGCAUAAAUCAUGUUUCUUUGUCCUUUUAAUUUCUUCUGAAUUGUGAUCUAGUAUAUGGACUAAACAUAUUAGUAAGGU